AUGAACCCCUCUGCUUGGUAUUGGUAUAAGGUCAGCAUUCCCUCGCUGCCCCUCGGUUUCUUGAGUUUCAGCUUCAUCCCCAUAUCUGCUUUUGGUUUCACGCAUCAUUGCCGCGCCUACCUGCUGACCGGACCAAGCAAAUCUCAUUUCUCGGAUACAAUGGCAUCCCAAGACGACCUCCGUAAUGCCUUCCAAUCAGGUGAUCGCGACGGCGAUAACACCCUCUCGGUCCGCGAGGCUGUAACGGCUGUUCAGGCACUUGGUGGACGGACGCUGGAUGCUAAGCAACUCGAGAGGGCGUGCAAUGAUUGUGGGGUGGAUACGGGGAGGGAGAUGGAUUUUGACGAGUUUGUGAGAGUUGUACGGAAGCUGGAGGGUGAAGGGGCAUUAUAA